AGUUGAAGAAGAGGGUGUGGCCGGAGACAAUUUGGGCUCUCGUCCACGAGUCUCCCACUCUACUCUUCCCCUUUCGCUUGUGCUUUGGGCCACUAGUCCUCUUCAUUGGUCUUUUGUUCCCAAUCACAAACGAAAGCGCACCAUGCAUGGCUACCAUGGCUGCAUAUUCCUUUCACGAUUACCUUUCAUUCCAAACUCUCUUUGAUUACCUUCUAUUUUAGAGAGAGAUUGAUCAGCAGCUGGUUCAUAUUGCAUUUGAAUAACUAGCGUAUCAAGGAUUGCAUUGUACUAGCUAGGAGGAGCAUUGGUCGCUUCUGGGCGAUUCGAUUCGAUUCGAGGAUGGAGAAGAAGAAGAGUAAUACCGAUAACAACCUGGAGGUGUUCCUCCAGGCCGCCACUCCAUGCCUGCGCUGGCGCUCCGCCUCCAUGGAAUGUUUCCAAGAUCCCAGCAAAGUUUGGCAACUCGACAAGAAGAAAGACGAGGUCGAUUACUUCGCGCUUGAGGAUCUCUGGGAGCAUUACGCUGAGAGCAGUGCGUAUGGCCUUGCUGUUCCUGUCCGUCUUGAAUCCGGCAACACCAUCACCCAACAUUUUGUUCCCUACUUAUCUGCCAUUCAGAUAUACACCUCCACCAAGUCUCUCCUUGCUUUCUCCAGAGGCAGCGCAGGGAGCGAGAGUGAUUCUUGGAGUGAUGAUAGUACAGGCGACAAGUUAUCAAGAUCAUGGGAUGCUGCUAUGUCUGAUGACGACGACUCAAGCCAUGAUAGCUCUGAAUCGGUUUCUGCAAAGCAAGGUGCCGGCUGCCUGAAUUUUCAGUACAACGAGUGGAGCUCGCCCUACGAGAGAGUCCCGCUAGCAGAUAAGGUGGCAGAGCUGGCUCAGCAUUAUCCAUGCUUGACAUCUCUCAGCAGUGCACAACUUUCACCUUCGAGCUGGAUGUCUGUAGCAUGGUACCCGAUUUAUCAUAUCCCAGCUCGUGGAAACCUCAAGGGGUUAUCUACGUGUUUCCUAACCUAUCAUUCCCUCUCCUCAGUUUUCCAAGAUAAUGUUGAGGAGGGGAGGAGCGUUGUUGGUGUUUCGCCGUUUGGGCUGGCGACGUACAGAGCGGAAGGGAAGCUGUGGACAUCGUCGAGGAGCUCUGAUCUCUUCUGGGCAGCGUCUUCUUGGCUCAAGCAGCUGCGAGCUUACCAUCCUGACUUCAUCUUCUUCACGUCUCACUGCCGGCAAUCUGCAUUCUGAACCUGACGCUUGUUGCUUAAGCUUAAUUAUACUCGAUACUCAGCCUCCGGUGGUGCUAGAAGAAGGCCAAACUAGGAUGGAGGAAAUUGUUUUGUCAGUCACCUUGCGAGCUAUACUGAAUUUAAAGGACUUUUUUUUUUUCAUCAACAGCAAGUAUGUUGUACUCCUUCCGUCCCAUAAAAAACAAAUAUAGUACCGGAUGUGACACAUUCUAGUACUAUAAAUCUAGACAAACGUAUGUCUAGAUUCGUAUUUUAUAGGACGGAGGGAGUAGACUACAUCACUCUAUCUUCAUAGAAUUAUGAACAGGUACGAACUACGUAGGAAUUGUUGCUGGUAAUGACUUGACAGGGAAAAAGAUCGACAAUAGAGCUGGAAAGAUAAAUUGGAUGUAAAUGAGAAAUGAGAGUGUAAAUUGCUUUUUUUUCCCUUCUCUCCAAGGAUGAGAGAAAAUCUCAAAUAAAGUAGCCCUCCACGUCGUCUA